AUGGCUCUCGUGCCCAAUGCGACGCGGCAGUGGACGCCGGCGGCCACUGCCACGUACGCGUGUGCAAGUCGGCGCUACGCAUUCGUCGCUCUCGAGUACAUUGACUGCGUCGUUCUUCAGCUGUGGAAGAACGAAGCGUCGCCCGAGAACGAUUGCCCGUCGUCGGCCAUGCCCGGUCUCGUCGAGCUCGGCGGGCACACGGAGCGCGUGCACCUUGCCAGCUUCCACGAAAGCACCUCGUGUGAUAUUUUAUGCACCGUAUCGACGGACCGAAUCCUUUUGUGGCGCCUGGUGCCCGCACCGUACGACAAGAUUGACAUCCAGAAGCUUCCGCUGCUGGAAUCGCCGCGCGCCGAAGUGUCUGCAAUUGCGUUCGAUGCGUCGGGCACGCUACUCGCUGUGGCUUUGGCCAAGCAGGUUGAUGUGCUCCAGGCACAAACGGGCGGAAUCUUCAUCACCCUCGAGGGCCAUCUCGCCAAGAUCACAGAGUGCCUUUUCCACCCAGGCCAUCCGCACUGGCUUGUGACGGCGUCGGAAGAUCGGACCUUUAAAAUUUGGGACCUCUCGGAGCAAAAGCUCUUGUUUCAAUCCGCCGUCCUCUCGGCUUACGCGAUCUUGCGUCUUGCUAUCCACCCCACGUCGGGCGACAUUGCGUGUGCCUUUGGCGAUGGCGUCGUCCGCGUCUUCGACGCGACCAAAUUUGGCAAUGAACUCGCAUCAAUCAAUCUGGCCCAGUAUCUCGAUCGCCGGGAGAAGAAACAACAUGUCGCACAACAGGUGGAGAAGGUGCUCGAUGCGACUCAAAACGUAGUGAGCUCGUUGCCGCCGUGGGCUCGAAGCCAACGCGCGUACGAAAGUGCCCAGGCGCGGGCCCUCGCCAAGGCCAACGAGUCGCUGGACCCGACCCCGGUCGUCCUUCCAGGUAUGGAGCACCUCAUGGAGCCCAUGCACGAAACCACGUGUACAAUCUUGGGACUGGCAUACAUGGGCUCGUCUGCCACGGUCGCGUCGCCUGAGACGCUGCUCGACGUGCAGCCUAUCGUGGAGGCGGCGCACACUCUUCUUGUCGCAACCGUCAACUACCUCGUGGGCGUUAACGCUUUCUCGUACGACGCCCGCGUCAUACGCGCCUUCCAGGACGAUGUUGAGGUGUCAAUGGGCAUUGCCAAGCACGCGUCCUUGCGGCCCGAGCCCGGCCGCUGCGACGUCUGGGUACUGGACGCGUUCAUGCCCCGGGUCACCGCUCUCGGUGUUGCGGCGGCGCAACACGCUCUUGUACAGUCCUCAUUGACUACAACGCACGGACUCUCAAUGCACCCGCAAGCUUUGCCACCAGAGGGCUCCGUCUUGACGCAGCUGCUAACGCCGUUGGCCAAGCGCGUCAAGAGCCCGCUCGAUCAACCAAUAACGUACCGGACGUCAAUUCCGUCGUCCGGGUACGGUGCAGAGAAGAAGCCCAAAUCACUCUCGCUUCGCUUCAAGGGCCUCGGGAAAGCUAAGCUGGCGACGAAGGCCAGCACGAAGGCAGCGACACUACUGACUGAGUACCCGUUGGACGCACCCGUGCCGUCGGUUCUCGUGUCAUCGCACGUCAAGCUGCAUGAAAUGGCAAUCAAUCACAUCGAGUUCUCCAACGACGGGCGUCGGCUCGCAACGGCCGCAAACGACCGGCUCGGCCAAGUGCUAGCACUUCACAAGCCACAGUCGCAUCUCUUUGUGGGCCACGACAAGGCUGUGCGCGCGAUCCAUUGGAGCCACUCGAACAAGCUACUGUUGACAGCGUCCGCCGAUGCUACGGCAUGCGUGUGGGUCAACGGCAGCGACGUAGCGUCGCUCACGCUACCGCUUCCAUCCGCCUCCAAACGCGCCAAGAAGCCCGCCAAGGCGGACGUUGCCGAUGCUGUCUUUUACUAUAUGGACAAAUUUGUCGCGGUUGCAGUAGGCAAUACCGUCAAGCUGUAUCUGUAUGACAUCGACAUGGCCCACGCCGCGGGCUGUGUCGAGCACGCCAAGAAAGCAAAGAGCAGGCGCGCCGACGUCGCACAGCUCGAGAAUCUCUCGACUGCAAAAGCCGUCGCGUCCUACCGCUUUGAAGCUGUCCAGAGCCUCACGGGUCUCGCAGCGCCCAACGCGUUCUUGUCCCAUCUCCUUGUCGCGAUUGGCUCGGACAAGAGCAUCCGCAUCGUGGAUGUUGCCGCUGGGAAAACAGCUCGCACGAUCCAUGGGGCCCACUCGCGGCCGGCUCACUCGGUCGUCUUGCCCCGAGCGUCGAGCUACGUCAAUCACGCGCCCAAUGUGUACGAUCUCUUGCUCACGAGCGCACCGGACAGCACCGUGCACCUCUGGGACAUCCGCGCUGACAACUGCAUCAUGCGCUUUGGCGAGCAUCUCAACCGAGUACACGCCCUCGGUAUGGCAUUUAGCCCCUGCAUGCGGUACGUGGCGACGGGCUCGGAAGACAAGGUGGCGUACAUCUACGAUAUUCGUAUGGGCCGCUGCCUCGCCAAGCUGCAUGGACACACGGACGUCGUCACGAGCGUCGCGUUUCAUCCCAUGCGGCCCCAAAUUGCGACUGCAGCCCUCGAUGGCAGCGUGCGUCUGUACGGGGCAAGGAUCACCCGUGACGAGACUUGA